AUGUCGUCUAACGAACGAUUAGCAAGAAAUCUUAGUGUACCUAUCAACCCCAAUCCGAAUUCAGCAUCUCAACCCUCAGACAAGCCAAGUUCUUGGAAAGCAUUUCGACAAACUGCUUGCUUUAAAUAUACUAAAUAUACUCUGAUUAUCAUUUAUGCUUUGAAUAUCGUUGCCUGGGGUGGAAUGUUAUUUCUUAUCUUAGUUGGUGCUGCGAAUAAUACAAUGCCAGAUGAACAAACACGAAAGACAUGGAUUGAGAUUGACUCUCAGAUUCUAAAUGCCUUAUUUUGCGUCACAGGCAUUGGUCUGAUCCCAUGGCGUGUACGUGAUCUGUAUCAAAUCUAUCGAGAAAAACAUCGACAUAAAGUUCUUCAUCGUCAUUCUUAUACAGAUGAUUUAAGAUGGAUUCGAAUCAUCAUCUGGACUGACAUUGCGAAUUCUUUAUUUCAAAUUGGUAUGGCUGUUUGUAUGUGGUCGAUGGAUAUGUAUAAACGGCCGUCUUGGCUAGUCGGAUUGUUUGUUGGAUUAGGGUGUGUAUCAGGAAUGUUUUCUGGUCUCGCUCGGUUCUUUCUCGGAAAACGGACGAAAAAGAGAACAAAAGCUGAACAAGAUCAUGCGAAUAUAAUCGAUGGGAAUGGUAGUGAAGUGUAA